GUGUUUCCGUGAUUUAACAGUUGAUCUCCAUCCUUUUGCCUCUUCGGUGUGAUUGAAUACAGGUCUGUGAGUCUUCUAGUCUCUCACUCAGGAUGGCCAUUCAACCGCCUAAGCCCUUUGUCAUGUCACAAACCUCCAAUCAAUGGAGCUCUGGAAUCUGUGACUGCUGUGACAAUGUACCAGAGUGUUGCUUUUCAUUUUGGUGCUUUCCUUGUUUUGCCUGUGUGACGGCUCGUAAGCACGGCGAGUGUUUGUGUCUCCCUCUGCUCGACGGAUUUGGCUGCAUCCCUCCAAUAACAAUUGCCAUGCGGGUAUCAAUGCGCCGGCGGUAUGGAAUUGAGGGUACUAUCUGUGAUGACUGCCUUUAUUCCACCUUCUGUGGUGUCUGUGCCUGGUGUCAGAUGUCUCGAGAAAUGAAUGUCCAUGAACAAACUGUCACACUUGUCAACUCUCGAGCAAGAUAAAUACAACCCAAUAACUCUUGUAUUUUUAUUAUUUUGUACGAGUCAAUGACAAACUCUUAGAAUUGCACAUUUGUGUUUGUUAAAAUAUAAAUAUACAAUUUGAUAAACAUCUGCUGUGAAGUCGGUAUUGAAGAGCAUGUUUUAAAAAAUCGUAUUCUUUUAUUGAUUUAUUCAUUGUUAACAUGUUUUUAUUGCAUGUUGAAGCAUUAAUUCUGCACGGCUAAAAAUAACUGCAAGGUUUAUCAUUUUUGACAAAUCAUUAAAAUAUAUGAAUCAUUGUUUACAAAGUAAAUACAUCAAAUUUAAACUGGUUUCUAUGAAGAAAGGGCAUAAUUUUGAUGUCAGUUGGGUUUAUAUAACAGUUUAGGCAGGUUUUUAAAUAAUCUUUGUCUAGCAUAUAGCAGAUGAAAUCAUAUACCAAACUUUAAAAUAAAAUAGAAACAAAAAAAUUAUAUCUACUGACAAAUAUUAAACAUAAGGGCAAUUCCAGCGUUAUGGACGUGACAUUUUACGUUAUGGACGUGACAUAAAAAUGCUCAGAGAAUGAAUUUGUUACGAUUAUAUUGAACCAUCUGUUUAUAUUUUACUGAACCCUUGUUGAUAGAGUCUAAACAUAAAAAAUGUCAGUCUAUGGAAAAUUAUAUUUAAAAAAGGGAAAUAAACAUGCGUUAUGGAUGUGACAAAAAAGGACGUGUUUUUUGGGAGACGAUAAACUUUGUAGGAUUUCUGUAAAAUAAAAUGCACAAUCCAGAAGCAAUAAUACCCAAUGAAUAGAGAAGUGAUGCCUCUUUAUAGUACAUAAAAUAGUUACUUUAUAAUAAUUGUCAUGUGUCCAUUUAUGAGGAAUAUGUAGUGUUAUGGACAAUCCUGAAAAUGGCACUUACCUGACUAUGAAAAAUCAUGCACUAAAAAUAAAACAAAUGCUUUACAAAUCUGAAGAGAGAUCGCACAUGGGUAUUUGAACCACCAAAUGUUAAAAUCUGUGCUGUUACCAGCACCGGCGCUAUGGUGGGGCAUUCGAGGGCCGUGCCCCCCCUAGCGGUCAUUGAUGCCCCUCCUUCCACAGGCCAUGGCGUGGCCCAAAAAAUAUCCCUUUUAGUUAUUCUUUUAAUAUUAAAUGUGCAAACUGUUUUCUGGAAGUGCAUAAACUGUUGAGAGGUGGAUAAACUAUUUCUGACGUGUUGCGGAAAUAUGGGCAUUGUCCCUUUAAGAAGCAUGGGGUUUGUAGUCCUGGCCGUACUGAAUGAUGGGAAAAGUAGUGCGGGUGCGGGGUUGUGGCUACCCGAUCCAUCCCGGAAACACGAUUUGUUCCGCGCAUGCGCGAAACUGACGUCACUUCCUGUCUGAAAUAAAUCGAAACACUUUACGGCAGUUUCGGUUAUGUAGCCACAGGCUAUACCGUGACUGCUGUUGUUUUACACUCGGAGUUUAAUAUAUAUACUUUUUAUACAUUUUGUAUUACAUUUAAUAAUAAAUGUAUUUAUUAAAUCUGUAUAAGUUUCUUUUUUCUUAAUUUGUUUCUUACAAUGCUUUGAGAUAUUUCCUGGCUUGUUAAAUUG